AGGUUUAGUCAGUUUUACAACAGAUAACAACUGGUCUGCUGCGAAGUAUUCUCUGCAUAUAGACUCCAGUCACAUUUCCUGCAUAGGCUUGGGACGUUCAACAUAGUACUAUAUUAAAGCAGUUCACGAAGUUGCUUCAUGUGUCUAAUUGGUACUGGGUUAUAUGCAGUAAGAAGGUGCUAUUCAAACUGUUAGACCAAUUGUAUCGCUCUUAUGUUGAGGAAACGUGGACGAUUGUGAUGACAUAACUGCUGUAUUCGAUGAAAAGACCAACCCUGAGCAAUGCAUUCUAAUCAGACCUCAAAGAAGAUCAAACUUAGUACAAAAUGUCGUUGGAUCUCUUGCUGUUUUGGAGUGGUUGCUCUGGCCACGCUUUCAGCAAUGGUGGUCCUGAUUCUGUUUCUGUUUGGAGUGAUCGUGAAAGAAUGUCCGGUCGAUGAGGAGAGAUGUCAGUUAGCUGACGAGGUAGAUGAUUUGGACAACAUGAUCGACCAAAUUGGGGUUACCACGGAGCCAAGUUUGUAUGAUCUUAAGAUGGACCACAAGGUGAAGAAACUCACCCAGACCAAGUUACAUCAGUUUGCUGCCAUGACAGACAUUAAUCGCCUCAGGCAUCAGAGACUCCCUUCACUUCUUAUACCUAGAGUCUCUGGAACAGCAGGAAACAUUGAAGUUAGACAGUACAUAACCACUAGCCUUCAGAGUCUGCCAAGUUGGACAAUAACAGAAGACCGCUUUAUGGGCUCAACGCCGAUGGGAAUGGUUGAGUUUUCAAAUAUCAUCGCGACGUUGGUCCCGCCUGGUCAGACCGAGUCUGAUCUGAAACUCGUCCUGGCAUGUCACCACGACAGUAAAUAUUACCAAAAUCAAGACUUCAUUGGAGCCACUGACUCGUCCGUCCCAUGUGCAAUGAUGUUAGAUCUGGCUCACAACCUCCAACAAUCUCUGGAUCAGAAAUCGUAUCAGCUUUACACUCUUCAGUUAAUCUUCUUUGAUGGAGAGGAAGCUUUUGAGAGAUGGUCAAACUAUGAUUCCUUGUACGGCUCUCGACACCUAGCUCAGAAGUGGGAAAAUACACCGCACCCUUCUGACAACAGAAAGAACGUUUUGGAUGGAAUUGGCCUGUUUUUUCUUAUGGAUCUCCUUGGAGCAGCAAACCCACAAUUUGUCAACCAUUUUAGACGGAAUCGUCAGAGUAACAGAAUGUAUCAACAUCUUCAAACCAUCGAGACUCGUUUAGUUCAGGCUGGCCUGUUUGACUCGUCCUACAGCCCGCAGCGGCCAUACUUUACCAAAGGGUCAUUUAAUCCGAUUGAGGACGACCACAAACCUUUCCUACAACGGGGAGUGGAUGUUGUCCAUAUGAUAGCCACACCCUUCCCAAGCACAUGGCACACGAUGAGUGACACCGGAGCCAACCUAGACUACCCAACGAUCUCCAAUCUGAAUAAGAUCAUCCACGUCUUUGUGGCGGAGUUCCUUCAUUUGAAGCUUCCCGAAUGACAUACUGCGCCGGUUAACCGUCCACAACAUGUGUUUUCCAGCACAGCUCUCUUGAAACCAAUGCAGUCUGUUCUAGUGUUGCUUUCUCUGUUGCUUUGUUGUUUCUAUGCUUAGAUGUAUGUGUUGUUUAGGUUUACCGGCCCAAAGUGAGUAAUUACAGAAGACAGUUGCUGAGAUAACAAUCUUGAUUUCACCAUGAAUAAAAAAAAUCUAACUUUCAGGAAAAGUUGUUGGGUAUCAUCUUUUAUUAAAAUCAAUCCUCGUACAAGGUACAGUAAAGGUCAACAAACUUAGAUAUUCUGCUUUACAGUGUGAAAUUUUGGAUGCAAUGAAAGAAUAUUUCUUAAUCCAUCUUUGGCAUAUUCACCAGGAAAACGAAAACAAAGAAUUGGUUGGGAGUCACAACAGUAACUGUCUUUAAGAUUGCAUGCCACCUUCUACUAAAGUUGCUUGACCAGCAUGAUUAAGAGAUGAAUAUUUCUAAUAUAUUUAGCAUGAAUCGUAAAUGAGAAUUACUCUUUUUGGGGACAUAAUCAAGUCUAGUAUAACAAGAUUGUUUUUAGAUAUUUGUGUUUACCCGCUAGCAUUACUAAGGUGCAUUUAAAAUGGGUAUAACUAAGAAAGACGCAAAGACGCAAUAUAUUUUUUGAGAGAAUAUUUAUGGUAUGACCAUAGUUAUAUAUUUUCAAGUGUACUGGCUAGCUAAAGGGUCACAAUGAAAAAGAAUUGCUUUCACAUUCCAAGCCAAAUGUACAUAUCAUAUGGGUCAAUUUCAGAACACUUUU